UAUUAAACAGAGGUAAACAGCUUAAGGUAAAUAUCCUUAGGCACAGAUCUAGGAUCAACUCUGAUAUCUAACAAAAACUGACCUCAGAUCAGUGUCUAGAAGCAAUGUCUUCCUACUUUGAGAUCUCAUCUGUCUCAGCAUCUUUCUCUGGAUUACUGGACAACUAUAACUAACCCUGGGUUUGCCGGUGUUAACCGUUAGACAACUAUUACUAACCUUGGGUUCGUUGGUUUUAACCCCUGGACAACUAUAACUAACCCUGGGUUCGCUGUUGUUAACCCCUGGACAACUAUAACUAACCCUGGGUUCGCUGGUGUUAACCCCUGGACAGCAUGGCUGCUGUGGGAAAGAGAUGAUGAUUGACUAUGAGUGUCCCUCUCCAUUAGCCUGUGUGCCGGCUGGGAGGAGUGUGUGUGAGAGUGUGUUAGCACCACACACACACACACACGCAGCACACACACACACUCUAACGGCCAUGCCCCAGAGAUACUCCUACCAGAAGAGGAAAGCCAGCACGGCAGCAGCUCGGAGGAUGGAGAGGCGAGGCAGGGACUCUGGGAAGACCAACAACACCAACACUAGCCACAGCCACCGCUCCAAGAAGCUCGCCAUGCUCUCCAGGUCCCUGAUCCUCUGUCACUCCAGAGCCAGUGAUGACUGCCCCAGUCCCGAAGAGAGACCGCCAGGGGAGGCCUGGAAGGGAGACGGGGGCUUGGGGAGAGAUGGGAAGGGGAACAGGGAGGUGGAGAGGUCCCGGAAGAAGAUCCAGGAAGGACCCCAGGAGAGUGGAGGAACUAUGCAGGCAUCUACACAGCCACCCGUAGGGGCCACCAACACACUCAGGGCUACAGGAGAACACAAGAGGAAUAUGAGGAGGUCCUUCAGUAUCAAGGAGAGCAGUAUCUGGAGGAUGUGUGUAACGACGGGGGCGGGUGAGGAGGGUCUGGGCCGACAGACUGGCGAUAGCAGCCCCCAGACGGAGGACAAAGAACCCAGUGUGGAGCGAGGGAGGAAGGGAGGAGGGGAUGGACACAGUUACCUUCAGAGUACAGACAAGCUUGCACCUUUUAACGGACAGUGUCUGAACGGCCAUGCCAGGACAGAGGGGGAGAGGCAGGCCAAGAACGGCCAUGCUGCAAGGACAGAGGGGGAGGGAGGGAGGCAUGCCGCCUCCAGGAACAGCCACAUAACAGCCUACAGUGAGGAAAGCUCAACAUGUGAGCAGCAGCCCCAGUCCCCUGGAGGUCUAACCCCGGCCCCCCUGCACUCGGCCCCCCUGUGCCUGGCAGACCCCCUGGCAGUGACCAACUACACAGAGACAGAACAAACUGGGAACAACAACCACCUCAAGCUGGCAAUCCCAGAGGUGGAUGAGGACAGAGGUUGGGACACAGAGAGGAGAGGACAUGGUCUUCAGGGACAGACGGUCUGCAAGAGGACCCGCUCCAACUCUACCAGUGUCCAUCCAUACUGGAUUGGAGACCUGGACACCAUUAUCCUGAAGACGCCUGAGCUUUGCGGGAGCAACACCCACGGAACCGUCGGUUUCUUUGGCAGCAGGAAGUCCCAGUCCCAGCAGCUGGAGUUUCCUCACAACCCCAACCAGCCCGUUCCCCGUCCCUCUCGCUCUCUUAGCUCCGCCCAUCUGGUCCACUCCUGCAGUAACGUCCAAGCCUUCAUCAUCUGUAACAUCGUGCUGAUGAAGGGCCAUGGCAAGGGUCUGGGGUUCAGCAUUGUGGGGGGCAGGGACAGCAUGUACGGACCCAUGGGUAUCUACGUCAAGACCAUCUUCGCUGGAGGGGCCGCGGCUGCCGAUGGCAGACUACAGGAGGGGGAUGAGAUCCUGGAGUUGAAUGGAGAGUCUCUACAUGGACUAACUCAUGAGGAUGCACUACAGAGAUUCAAACAGAUAAAGAAGGGUCUGUUGACUCUGGUGGUGAGGACCAGCCUGCGUGUCGGCGCCCUCUGUGGCCAGGCAGCGGUAGCACAGCUGUGUCGGUCUCGCUCUCUCAGCUCCAGUACUGGCAUGUCCAGGGUCAGCACUGAAAUGGGGGACUACAAUUACCUCAGUGGUGUCACCACAGCCAACACACACACUAACACCGUACCUCAGCCACCUUUGGCCAAACCCCAAGAUCGUGUCAUGAUGGAGAUCACCUUGCAUAAAGAGGCUGGAGUGGGGCUGGGCAUUGGGCUGUGUUGCGUGCCGUCUGGAGAUGGUUGCCGUGGCGUCUAUAUCCACACCCUGUCCCCUGGGUCGGUGGCACACAUGGACAGUAGACUCAGAUGUGGAGAUGAGAUUAUGGAGAUCAACAACACAGUGGUGUACAACAUGGUACUGAAUGAUGUGUACACGGUUCUGAGUCAGUGCUCCCCCGGGCCAGUCCAGAUCAUCAUCAGUCGACACCCUGACCCCAAAGUGUCAGAGCAGCAGCUGAACGAUGCCAUAUCCCAGGCUGUAGAGACCAGCCAACUAAAGCAGGACGCCAGUCAGUGGAGUAUAGACGGCCUGCGUAGGUCUGACCCCUGCUCCCACUCCAGAGGGAAGUGUGAGCGCUGUGUGGCGAGGAGCUUCAGCCAACUGACUGCCCGGCGAGCCCAGAAGAACAUGACCCGCUCCUGUAGUGACAGCAACACAUACAACCAGAACCACCAUCAUAACCAUCAGCACAACCGCUGCCCCGGACCAGGAACCAACCUGGUUAAUGGUCAAACCCUGACUAUACCCAACCACAACCACAACAUGCACCAUAAUCUGAUGGAAAGGGUCCACAGCCUCGACAUCCCCAUGGGGUCCACGCCUGAGCCCUGGUGUGAUAACAGACUGUCUGCAUUGGUCUACCCUGUCCCUGAUGACGACUAUAACGUCCCCUACAACUCCCCAGCAGCCAACCUCUCCUGCCAGCGCACGUUAGACCUGGCCACAAGGGGAAAUAAGAACAGGCCCAAAGCCCUGGCACCUCCAAGGAGGUACUGCCGACACCAGGACGUCACUAGUGAGGAGGGGGCCCCUGGGGGCCUGCCAGACUCCAAUGUUUCCAGUAGAGGCUCCCCUGUUAGAGAGGACGGAUGGAGUCCCACACAUACCAACUGUCAGGAAGUAGAGAGUGAGAGAGAAAGGGAGAGAGAAAGAGAGCGAGAACACUCAGGGGGAAGUGGAGAGACUCUCACCCACUCAGAGGCUCGCUCCGCUGCCAUCACUGACUGCCCUCGAUACUCAUCCUGCACAGAAGACAGACUACACACAGGUGCUGAAUCUGCCUUCCACCUCUGCUCCCAGAGUAAGAGGCCGGGCCUGAGGAGGCAGGGCCGCGUGGAGCAACUCCCCCCAGAAAAGCUUCACGACCCCUGGGUUAGGAUCUCCGACAGCGCCCCUGAUCUUGGAGGUCCUGAAGACCCCCAUCAGAACCAGAGUCUGACUCAUCCGAGCACACACCGUCACAACACACACUCCCACAGUAGCACACACCAACAACAAACACACCAUCUCAGCUCACACCACGACGCCACACACACUCCAUCCCAAACCGACAGACACCCCAACGACACACACUCCCCAGUCGCCAUGAGCCAACCGAGUGAGUUUCCCGAGCUUCCUGAACUCAACUGUACUUCCACCCACCACACCGCCCCAGACUCCACCACCCCCUCCACCCCUGCCUCCCUAAUCUCCACCCCCACCCCCAGCCCAAGGACUGAGGACCCCCCAGGGGUGAGGAAGGGCCCCCCAGUUGCCCCCAAGCCUGUGUGGAACCGUCAGAGCCUCAGGAGUAUUAGGAAUGGGAGGCCCCAGGCUGAGCUGGCCAAACCCCUUGACAUCAGAGGCGGUGGAACCACCUUCGGGGUACGUCUGCGGCCCACCUCCUCUACAGCCCAGCUGUCAAUCAAGCAGAAGAUCCAUUCAUUUGAGACCUUCUCUAGUCCUGAGGGUAAGGGUCAGGAGAUGGAGGGCAACAACAGGAGGCCCCUAGCCCCCUCCACUCCCCUCCCUCUGAAGGACAAGGCACCCGUCAGGAGUGACCCCCCCCUCUUAGAGGAGAAUGACACAAUCCAAAAUGACAUGGGCAAAGGAGCCAAAGUGACCUCUCCAAUCCCCGACGAGGACCAGGACAGGAGGAUGUCCUCUUUUCCCCCUGGAGCCUCUCCUCACUCCAUCCUUCCGCCCUCUCCUGCCUCCCAACCUUCUCCUCCUACCUGCUUUUCUCUUCUUCCGACCCCCCACCCUACCUCGGAGCUCCAGACCCCAGUGGAAGAGACAACAGACCCCAAUGCAGAGAUCUCUGACUCGCCAUCCCCCGAGGACACCACCACCUCCCCAUCCACCCUAGAGGCACCUCUCCCCGAGGCUGAACCAGAAACAGAGCCCCUGGAUGGGGCUGUAGAGGCCUCCAUCUCCCCCUCGGGCCCGGUGCCCAGGAGGUCCAGCAGCUCCAAGGGAGAGAGCUUUGGUCCACUACAACCACCAGAGGAGGGGGAGGGAGACCAGAGCCAUGCCCAGGCUCAGGGCAAGCAGGCCAGCCUGCGGACGCGUAGCCUGCCCCUGCCUACCUCUCCCUCCCCAGAUGGGUCAACAACUCUACAAGGACUGGAGGGAGAGAGCCUGGGGAAGAUACUUUCCUUCAGUAACCAGGUUUCCCAUGCCCUGAUGCGUUCCAUGCACUCCCUGCUCUCUUCCUCCCUCUUCUGCACCCAGGAGCCCGCCGGCCCAGAACACCACAUCUGGCACCACAUCAACAAUGAGAAUAACACCACAGGUCAACACCACAUCUCAAAACAUCAACACCACAUCAGGGUUGGGGUCAACCACAUCAACAACCAGGAACCACAUCUGAGGCACACCAGCGGGGGAGGAGGGAGGGGACCUGGUCUCAGCGCCCACAUCAGCAUGUGCCCAUCUGUUAUCUCAGCCAUCCCUCCACAGGAAAUACAGACCAUGAUCCAGGAAGUGAAAGCUCUGGAUGAGGAAACACUGAAGCAAUUUGAGCACAUCCAAGUGGUGAUUCUGCACAAGGAGGAAGGAGCAGGUCUGGGUUUCAGCAUUGCAGGUGGGAUAGACCUGGAGAGCAAGGCUACCACAGUGCAUCGUGUUUUCCCCCACGGCCUGGCGGCUCAAGAGGGGACCGUGGAGAAGGGUGACGAGGUGCUGUCCAUCAACGGCCAGACACUAAGGGGUGCGACACACGCGGACGCCACCGCCACGCUGCGCCAGGCCCGCACCAUGAGACUGGCCGUGGUGGUGGUGAGCAAGGGGAGAGAGGGAGGGAACAAGACUGAUGAUUCCUCUGUCAGCAGUAGCAGUACAGACCUCAACCCCACAGUGGAGGAUGGGGGAGACAUGCUGACUGUGGAGCUGGAGACAGGAGGAGGGGGCGUGGGCUUCAGUUUGGAUGGAGGGAAAGGCUCUAUCCAUGGAGACAGGCCUCUGGUCAUCAACAGGAUAUUUAAAGGUGGUGCUGCGGAGCAGAGCGGGUUGCAGUCUGGUGAUGAGCUGCUGCAGGUCCAGAGCACCUCCCUACAGGAGCUGAGCCGCUUCGAGGCCUGGAACAUUGUCAAGGCUCUGCCUGAGGGGCACAUCACUCUAGUCAUCCGGAGGAGGAAGGAGGAUGAGGCAGAAGGGUCUGCCUGAGGGACAUCUCACUGUAGUUAACAGGAGGAGGAAGGAGGAGGAUAUUGAGGAGUUACCCCUAGACACUGAUUUCAGGUCAGUUUACACUGUUUAUACUUAAUUGAUUUCCAGUUACAAUAGGUCCCUGACUACCUACAGAGGUAGUCAGAAAGAUCUGAUCACAAAUACACUUCUUUAAAAAUGUGGGCACAAUCAGAAUGUGGACAAGAUCAGGACAAAGGACUCAUGUUAGCACCAGCUAUAAACGGAGCUAUUGAUUCUCAAGAUUUGGCCACAUAUUGAUUGUGGCCACAUUUAUUGACAGGUGUCCGCAAUUAUAAUAUCUAUUGUGAUUGGAUUGUGAUCAGAUCUUCCUGAUCACCACUGGAGGUAGUCAGGCACACAUGUUGUCUGGAUGUCUUCCAAGUGUAGACGGAUGUGGACAGAGAAACCCUUUAAAUCAUCAUUAUCCCUCUAAAAUCAUUGACAGGGGGCGCCAUCGUCUUAUGGCAUCAAUAUGUGUCUUUAAAUAAAGAAAAUACAUAUUAUUUUGAAAGAAUAUCUGUAGAAUAAUUUGCAUACAGGGAGGAACAGUAAAUCUUGGUCACAAUGCGGAAACAGUGGACGGAUAAGAGACACAUUUUAAUACAAUGUUUAGAUGCAACGGCAAAAAUGUGGAUCUAUUAGAAUGUGGACAACGGCCUCGAUUCAAUCCGUAUCGCUGAAGUUUAGCGUUAUAGGGUGAUUGAAAAUUAAAGGUAAUUUCCGAUUGAGCCUACACAUGAAUUUACCGUGAAUGCAGGCUCCGUGAACAUAGGAACAUUGCUUUUAUAUUUCAAUUACGCUGAAGUGCAGGUCUUCAGUGCUACGGAUUGAAUAGAGCCCGAGAUCAGAGUUAGCACCAGGUAUAAACAGGGCCAACUAGAACACAAAUCAACCACAAGCCAUCAUACCAUUUCAUAUGAGCACUAUUAACAUACUGUAGUUAUGAAUAUAACAUCUAUAUUCUAUAUCAAAUCAUAUUGCAAUGACAAUCAGGGACUGUUACUGUAGAAAGAGGUGCAUUUACAGGUGCUUUGCUCUGAUUGCCUUCCUACACCCAGAACUUCUAGACCAGGGACCACAGUGAGUUUGAGAUUUGCACAGAUAUACAGUAUUUACAUGAAGGAAGGGAGAGACAUUCCAUUGCUUUUGACUGUUAGAAAUAGUGUACAAUACUGUAAUGUAGUCCAAAAGAGUAUUAUACUGAUGCAAAAUAUUUAAAAUGGGAUUUGCAUUUUUCAUGGAAUUGUAGUAUUGUUGUUUUGUGCUUGACGUUGGAAUCAUUGUUUAGACCAAAGACUGUGAGUUGGAUUCAAUCCAUAUCGCGGAAGAUCAGCAUCAAAAGGUAAACUUAAUUUCCGUUUACCAUGAAUGCAGUCUCCGCGACCGCGGGAACAUUGCCUUUAAUUGUCUAUCGCACAAUAAAGUGGAUCUUCAGAGCUACGGAUUUAAUAGUCCUUAGUUCGUUUAUUAGAUGACAAUGGUAGAAUCUCAAUUGCAUAGUGCUCGCAUCCUCUCUCCUUCUCAAAACCCAUUGGAUGAGAAAGCCAGAGGUCCCGCCCCUCUGACCUUCUCCAAUUGGUUUUGAGGAGGCCAGGCGAGAGGACGUGAGGAAUAUCUAAUUGAGAUUCUCCCUAUGGGUGAAACCAAAGAUAUAACUAAACCGGAGCAAAUUCUCACCUUGUUUUCUCUCCUAGUUUGAUAUUAAGGAAAACACAGGGUGUGAACAUUUUGUACCAAAAUCUAUUAGAAUAUAGAUAUUUAAAACUCUGUGUAUCGGUACUAAAGAUUUAUCGCAAUAUACAUUAUAGUAAUACAAUAAUUUAACCCAAUCUGUAUGUUUCAAAAGUGUAUUCACAAGACUGUUGUGCCAAUAACCAUUAAUGUUUUAAAACCUAUGUAGUUAUUUGACUUCAUAUGGAACAAACAGAUGCAUUUACCACUCAGUUAAUGAGACUAUGCAAGUUCUAGGCAAAACUCCUUUUAUUUUCCCAAAAUUCCCAGGUUUUCCAGAAAUCCUGGUUGGAGGAUUCUGCAUUCCCUGAUUACUCCCUUCUGGCUUUGGGAACUUUCUGGGAAAGUUGAGGAACCAUUAUUCAUCCAUCAUUGUAAUCCUUCAUUUCUCUUCUCCGGUGUUUGAAAACUAGCCGGUGAAUGUAGUGGGUUUAGCCAUUCCUACCUGUGGUGAUGGUAAUAUAAUACAACAAGAAAGGAGGACAUUGGAACGUUCAGUAGUUUUUAAUGCAGAUGCUGGUGAAACACAAAACCUGCUGGGUGGAACAUACAGUACAGUCCUACGGUACAGUAGAGUGCAGGUCAGGAUUAGGGUCACAAAAUUGUGGUAGCUCUCCCCAAUUUCCCAGAAAUCCUGUUUGGAGGAUUUCCAGAUUUCCUACUGAUUCCAGAUCCCCUGUGUAUUCCCUAAUGAUUCCAGGAAUCCUGUUUGGAGGGUUUCCAGAUACCCUGUGUAUUCCCUACUGAUUCCAGAAAUCCUGUUUGGAGGGUUUCCAGAUUCCCUGCGUAUUCCCUACUGAUUCCAGGAAUCCUGUUUGGAGGGUUUCCAGAUCCCCUGUGUAUUCCCUACUGAUUCCAGAAAUCCUGUUUGGAGGGUUUCCAGAUUUCCUACUGAUUCCAGAUCCCCUGUGUAUUCCCUACUGAUUCCAGAAAUCCUGUUUGGAGGGUUUCCAGAUCCCCUGUGUAUUCCCUACUGAUUCCAGAAAUCCUGUUUGGAGGGUUUCCAGAUUCCCUGCGUAUUCCCUACUGAUUCCAGGAAUCUGCCAACUGGGAUUUCAGGAAAACUUGAACAUUUUUGAAAAAUGACCAGAAUUCAUAACCCUAAUCCUGACCUAAGAAAACAUGUUAUUUUCCUGUGUUGCUUUUAUUGACAACUGAACUCAUAGUAUAUUUCAAUAGCAGCCAUUUUCCAUAGCAGCUGUGCUUUCCAAUCAGGAGCUGAGGACAACAAACGGCAUUCAACACAUACCCUAAAACAUACACAUCUGUCCCAAAACGCAUGAUGGAGUACAUUUGAAAAACAAGCCACCAAAUAGACAAUGUGUACUCUGACAUUAAGACAGCAAUACACUGUAGGUAGGUAUGAUCUUCAGGCUCCACUUACAGUACAAUAACACACAUCAAAACAAUGCCUUCAUAGUAUUACACCAACAAAAGGCAAACAAUGACUUUAAAAAAGCAAGCAUAUAGGACUUGGUUGUGGAUGAGGUGGAAUGCAAUGCACUUGUAAAGGUUUGUCACUUAAGGUUAUUAUCCACUCGGGAUAAGAAAAGGACGUUAAGUAGUGUGUUUUCAUUUCAAAAGGAAACUUAACCACAAAGCUUCUAAAAAGAUUGAUCUAAAACAUCAUUAGUAUGAUGGCUUAUCAUCAUACAUGUAGAGGACUCAGCAGGCAUGCAGAUGGUUGACUGUACAUCACUGUAAAGACACCUUCUAGGGCUAUAUCUCAAUACUCUGUGGAGGCUUCCUCUCCCCCUAAUAGGGCUGUAUCUCAAAACUCUGAAGAGGCUUCCUCAACCAACUAGGGAUAUAUCUCAAUACUAUUCAUGCUUGCUCUCAUUGUUUCCCUUCACUGAUGAUUUUUAUAAAAGCUAUGGAGACGCACCCUGGCCAAGACAGAUGACCAUGCCCUCCUUGUGCCAUAUUAAAGACAGUGGUUUUCUCAAUUCUA